UUGGUAAACAACAAUAUUUCAGACAGUCCAAUCGACAUUGCUCUGCGAUCACCUGCCUACGAUUCGUCUUUUCUUAGCGCUACACUAGCUGAUGGAAAAGCGCACCCAGUUGUCGAUGUGCACAUCGUGCAAAACGAAAAUGACUAUUCGUCACAAGUGGCAUCACUUGAUCAGUCUGGCACGGUGAGCCUGUGGAUGGUGCUCAGGGACUCACAAGGGAGACCUGGUGUCAGACCUCAAGCUCAACUCGCUCUACAGCUUCUCGCUCUAAUUCGACCAGAACCAAUGGUCUUGAGAUCUGCAGCUCAACCAACACCGCUCAUUGCUAAUUGUAUGAUGGUUCAUCCAGCUCAACAGCUGUUCCUUGUAGGUACUGAUACUGGUUUUCUAUGUAGCCUGUCAAAAGCAAAAACGGAUUCCACGAAAGGGCCACGUCUUAUGAAUAGCAAAAUGCGUAAGAUCUUCGGUGGCUUCCCUUCGUUAACGAAAAGCUGUCAUGUCAAGACUGUCGUGUUUCAGAUGCCUAUAGCGAAGUUCUAUGUGUAA